AUGAUCGAAGAAUUAAAAAACCAAUUGGACUUAGCCCAAGAUGAUGAUAAUACAACACUAGAAGAGAUUGAAGACAUCAGGAGGAAACUUUGUGCUGCCCUCAGGGAAGAAGAAAUGUUGUGGCAACAGAAGAGUCGAGAGAAAUGGCACAAAGACGGUGAUAAGAACACGAAAUUCUUCCAUGCCCUUACUAAACAAAGGAGAGCCAGGAACCGCAUCGUCUCCCUUAAGGAUAGUAGCGGACAUUUGGUGGAAAAUGCGAGAGGAAUAGGAAAAGUGGUCUCUACAUAUUUUCAAGACCUUUUCUCCUCGUCUAUCCACUCAGACCCAGAAAAUUCUCUCCGGUUUAAUACCGAGAAAGUCUCAGAUAAUACAAAUCAAUUACUUUUGAAGGAUCCAUCGGAGAAAGAAAUGAAAGAUGCGCUUUUCGAUAUUAACCCGGAUAAAGCUCCUGGUCCUGAUGUUUCAUUCCAGGUCCUUAUUAAUGGAGAACCUGAAGGUAAUAUCAAACCGUCGAGGGGCUUAAGGCAAGGGGACCCUCUCUCCCCCUUCCUCUUUAUUCUGUGCACAGAAGGCCUUAUUUCGCUCCUCAAGGGAGCAGAGGAAGAGGAGCGAAUCUCUGGGCUGAAAAUAGCUCAAGCAAGUCCCCCAGUUUCCCACCUUCUCUUUGCUGAUGAUAGCCUGUUUUUCUGUAAAGCGGAUAUGCAACAAGGAGCGGAGAUUCUUCGAAUCAUAAACACUUAUGGAAUGGCGUCGGGACAACAACUUAAGCUGGGGAAAUCAUCCAUCAUGUUUGGAGAUAGAGUGGACCCAGAUCUCAAACGAAGUGUUAAAAAUACCAUAGGUAUUUCUACAGAAGGCGGCAUGGGCAUGUACCUAGGCCUACCUGAGCAAAUCUGUGGAUCAAAGAAGGAGGACAUGGGAGGCCUUGGCUUUAGAGAUCUAAAUGAUUUUAAUCUAGCUUUGCUAGCGAAGAAAAUAUGGAGACUCAUUCAGUACCCUUCAUCUCUUCUGGCUCGGGUGCUAAGAGGAAGAUAUUAUCGACAAUCAGAUCCGUUAGAGGAUCGAAAUGUCUACUCACCAUCCUAUGGAUGGAGGAGUAUGUUGGCCGCAAAACCGUAUCUCAAAAUGGGACUAAGGAAGACGAUAGGGUCGGGACUAAAUACGAGGGUGUGGAGUGACUCUUGGAUCCCCGAUGCCAGGGCCCGUCCACCAAGAGCAACCCCCCAAAUCGGACUUCAGGACCCAGGAGUGUUAGUUUACUCCUUUAUCCGUCAAGAUACGAAGCAAUGGGAUGAGCCUCUUCUAAGAGAAUUUUUCCAACCUGAAGAUGUCUCUCUUAUCCUUGGGUUGAGACCUAGUAGGAACCGUACCCUUGAUGGAUUUGCGUGGAACCAUACUAAAUCAGGAAUAUACACGCUUAAAUCCGGAUAUGACCUGAUAAGGAAAUCAAACCUUGAACAGAAUUUGGAUGUUGUGAGAGAACCGAGUAUUACAGCCCUUCAAAGCUAUGUCUGGAAAGUACGGACGCCUGGAAAAAUGAAGCAUUUUAUGUGGCAAGCUUUAUCAGGAUGUAUUGCUACUUGCCAAAACCUAACCUACAGGCAUAUGGGAACAGAUAAGGCCCCGCUGUGGGAAUCCUGA